AUGUCGAUUAAUAAACAAACUAUUUUAUAUGGUUUAAAUUCAAAAGAAUCAAUUAAUUCAACACCAAUAAUGUUUUCACGUGAUUCAUCUAUGGAAACAUUAUCAAGUUUUAAUAUUAAUUUUCAUUCACAUAAUUCAACAUAUACAUCAGAACAUAGUACAAAUCCAUCAGGAAUUUUAUCUCCAAGUGAUAUACCAGAUUCACCACCACGUGGUUCAGAUGAUGAUAUUGAUACAAUUGAACAACAAAAAACAUUAAUUCAACCAUUAAAUUUAACUCGUUCAACUGGUAUAACAGUUAUUGAACGAACAGAUAAUUAUCUAUAUAACGAUAACGAUGUUGAUAGUAUAAGAAAUUAUGCUACAUCACCACAAAGAAUAUCCUAUGAUGAUAAUAAUGAUGAUGAUGAUGAUAAUAAUUCAAUUCAUUCAUCAUUAAGUUCAUUAACAUUACCAUUACCACCAUCAUCAUCAACAUCAAAAACAUUAUUAUCAAAUAUAAAUGAUUUAAGAAAUUUAAAACAUAAUUUAAGUAUUAUUAAUGAAGAAAGUUUAUAUGAACAAAAUGAACGACAAAAAUCAUCAUUUGAUAUAAGUAAUACAACAAUAACAACAACUGAUGAUGAUGAAGACGACGAUGAAGAUCAAAAAGGUAAACGAUUAUUAUUUGAACUUAUUCGACAACGUUUACCACAUCAUCAUAUAUCAUUAACAAAUGCAUCAGAUUCAUCAUCAAAAACUAAUGAUAUUGAUAUUCAAGAUAAAUCAAAAGGAACAUCAUCAACAUCAUCAUCAUCAAUUAAUGAUCAGACUAUGCGUGAAGAUUCUUCCAAUCAUGCCUUAUCAUCACAUGAUAUCACAAUACCUUCAUCAGCAAUGCACGAAAGUGGUUAUGAUAGUUUAUUACCAAUUGGUUCAGCUCCAAAACGAUCUUUAUCAAAUGCAUCACUUUCAACAACACGUUCAUUAAUAGUCAAGAAAAAACAUCGAUGUGAUGAAGAGAAUGAUGAUCCAAUGAAUGGUAAUAAUAAUAAUAAUAAUAAUAAUAAUAAUAAUGGAGAAUUUAUUGAUGAUGACGAUGAUGAUCAUUAUGAUAAAAAAGCUGGUGAAGCACUUUUACGUAAUCUUAUUGCUCAAGUACUUCCAUCAUUCAAUCCUCGAUAUUUAAAUGGUGGUACUGAGGAUGAUGAAGAAGAGGAAGAUGAAGUUAUAAGUAAUCCUCGUCGACCAUCACCAACAAGUCAAACAUAUAGUAGUAGUAAUGCAUCAUCAGUACGUUCACUUGAUAUUGAAAUGGAAAUGAAUAAAAAAAGUGAAAAAAAUCUUUGUAUUCGUUCAAAUAAAAAUCAUAUUCCAGAUAUAAUUCAACAAGAAAAGAUUCAUUCCAAACGUACAUAUAUUCAUAGACCUGUACAUCAAACAAAAUCAUCUGAAUUACGUCGUCUUCAAACACAUUCACGUCGAUAA